GUCCUCUUCCCUCUCCUGCUGCCCCUUCCGGGCUUGAGGACCUUCAGCAAGUUCACGCCCUACGCGUCGCCCUACCAAACCCCGCCCCCUGCACUUCCAGGCUCCGCCCCCGCGUGCGGGCCACCUUCGCUCCAAGGCUGCCCCUGCUCCCGCCUCAACCCCCAGGGCGGCCUUGGAGCAGUGCCGCAACUCCUCUAGCGAACAUGGCGCUCGGAGCCGCAAGGGCCAUGCGGACCGCGUGGGCACCCGAUGCAGCCCUGGGGCCUGAGGGCGGGCGCCAUCCGGACGCUGCGCACUGGUCCCAAUCUGCUGUUGGUGCGUAAAUUCACAGAGAAACAUGAAUGGAUAACAACAGAAAAUGGUAUUGGAACAGUGGGAAUCAGCAAUUUUGCACAGGAAGCAUUGGGAGAUGUUGUUUACUGUAGUCUGCCUGAAAUUGGGACAAAAUUAAACAAGCAAGAUGAGUUUGGUGCUUUGGAAAGUGUGAAAGCUGCCAGUGAACUCUAUUGUCCUCUGUCAGGAGAAGUAACUGAAAUUAAUACAGCUCUUAUAGAAAAUCCAGGACUUGUCAACAAAUCUUGUUAUGAAGAUGGUUGGCUGAUCAAGAUGACACUGAGUAACCCUUCAGAACUAGAUGAACUAAUGAGUGAAGAAGCAUAUGAGAAAUACAUAAAAUCUAUUGAGGAGUGAAAAUGAACCCACCUAAAUAAAGUAGUCUGAAACAA